CAUAUAUUUUUUAAACGUAAUCUUAUCAUAUGUUUUCAAGCAUGUAGAUACCGUUCAUGACAUGAUUUUGAAAACUUUUACGGGGUUUGAUACUAAUAAAUAACAUAUUUAUUUUGAUACAGCGCUCAUGGUCGUUGUGAUCGGUCGACGGGAUGAUUGCGUCUCUUAGGUAUAUGAUCCCAACUAUGAUAAAUUAACAUUUCCAAAGCAGUAGAAAUACGUACAUAUAUUAUUUAACGUUACAGUCAGAGAGGAUCUGCCUGUAGAAUAAUUGCAAAGGGACUUGUUGUAUGACACAAAAGGAAAUUUGACAUUUACAGCUCAACAUGUUUGAUUUAGGAUUGCGAACAUUUUGUACAUCUGUGGUUUUGACUAUUGUCAAAAUUAAGCAUACUGCAGCAUUUCAAUAUGGAUGUGGAGCGUCAUUUGAACGAGACAUGGCGUACGAUAGCAUUGUUCCGAACGAUGAAUAUUUCUACAUUAACUCUUUCACUGGACUCGAUAUAAUCAGCUGUUCUUCGAUCUGCCACCGUGAGCGCCCUAAUUGUGUAGGACUUUUGUACAAUGGAGAGCAAAUGAAAUGCAAAUUGCUACAGCGCAACCUGAAUGAGACCAAUAAGGACGUCAAUGCCACAAAGGAUGAAUGGGAAUAUUUUCGCAAAAUUCGAAGAACGGGAGAAUGUUGUGAGGAUGAGUGGACUCCGUAUAUAAAUCAUUGUUACCGUUACAGCAACACCAAACUUUCCUGGGACGACACCAAGACUGCAUGUGAAGAUCAAAACGCCUACCUUGUUCAGUUGGAGACGGCGGAGGAAACUUCUUGGCUAUUGACAACUAUGUUACCAAACGUCGAACUGGUGGAUCCUUUUGAUCACCCUACUUGGGUAGGAGCAACAGAUCGAGAAGUUGAGGGAACUUUUAAGUGGAUUGUUGGUUAUGGUGACAUCACUUCGCUACCUUGGUACAGAGGACAACCUGACAAUUCCUAUGGCGGACAGGACUGUCUCACUGUCAUGCGCAGUGCACAGUUUGAUGACUCAAAGUGUGCUCAUGGACUGGUUUCCGUGUGCGAGAAGCAACAACCGAUUUGAAAAUCCCGAUUUAUCAAUAGAAAUAAGAAUGUGUUUUACAGAAACAUCCGGUCAUUAACUACUCCUGGGGACCUGAUCCCACCUCUGGUGUGUCAAUGGGUCCGUUUUUCCUCCACUCUUUAUUUUGUAUUCGUUAUAAGAGUUAUGAGAUUGAUUGCUGUUAGUUAUAUUUACCUUUCAUAUGAGUAUUAAAAGCGGCAUGCAGAUGAUGUAAAUUCCAUUUUUCCAUCUUUAAAGUUUAAAAUCCUUAACUAAGGUAUUGAUAGUGGUAAGCAAACUUUGAAUGUCUGUGAUUUACAAGAAAGACACAUAUCUCACAAGCCUUUGUUAUCUAAACAUUGUUCGUGUCUUGCUUUUGUUUAUAUAGGUCAUAUGUAUUAGUAAAAGUUUCUUUU